AUGGUCCCUCGGACUCAAAAGGCUUUGCUGGUCACCGAACUGGGCAAGCCCCUCACCCUUACAACUGAACGAGCAGUCCCGCAACCCGGCGCAGGACAAGUCCUUGUCCGUGUUACCGUUGCUGGUGCCAACCCUCACGACCAGAAGUCUCGUGAGACAGGCCUGUUUAUCGCCGACAGCCUCCCCGCCCCCAUCACCAACGACGUUGUCGGUGAGGUAGUGGCCCUGGGUACUGGCGUGACCAAGUUCGCAGCGGGCGACCACAUCGUCGGCCACGCCGCAUUCGACAAGACCCACGUCCAGAAGGGACUUCAGGAGUAUGCCGUCCUUGACGCCGACUUCUCUGCUAAGAUCCCAGAAGGUUUCACCGACGAUGAUGGUGCUACACUUCCUACCAACGUCAUUGCGGCCCUAGUUGCGCUUUUCGACCCGAAGACGCUUGGGAUCCCUGCUCCGUGGACCGAAGCCGCCAAGAGCUUCGAUUUCAAGGGCACAACACUGCUGGUCGUGGGCGGAGGUAGCAACUGCGGUAGAUUCGGUGUUCAGCUGGCUGCACUCGCCGGCGUCGGCCGCAUCGUCGUCGUAGGGGGGGACGAGGCUGAGUUGAAGUCAUAUGGAGCCACAGAUGUGAUAGACCGCCACGGCUCACCAGACGAAGUCACCAAGCGCAUCCGGGAUGUUGUUGGGGACGACCUCAUCUACGCGUACGAUGCUAUCAACCCACCAGCUACCCAGACCAUUGCCAUCAACGCACUGUCAUCCACAAAGAAAGGCAAGUUUGCGCGCUUGUUGCCUACUGGACCGGUCGACGAGUCACAAGUUCAUGCCAAAAAGGAAGGCUACGAACUCAAGAACGUUUUCGGCAGUUCACACGUACGGCCAGAACUGUGUAAGCCGUUCUGGGACCAUGUACCGCAGUACCUGAAGGAAGGAAAACUGAAGCCGACCAAAUAUGAGGUGGUCGGCCUGAAAGGAUGGGAGGCUCAAAAGGUCAACGAGCUCCUGGAUCGCUACCGCGACGGGAAGAAGGUCGUGAAGACUCACUUCCAUCUCUUGGAGUAG